CUUUCACGAAUGCGCACUGGGAGAAAUGGAGGACGGCGUCGGGAACGUUUCUUGAAUGUCACUGAUGUGUUCCCUAAACUCGAUGUGAAUAUGUGUCACUGGCCGGCAUGGAUGCAAUCGAGGACUUUCCUGACAAAAUGUACUCACGUUUGCUAUCGCCGUUGAAGAGAACAGCACGUGAACGCAGCAGCACCCUAGUGUCAAGGAGAAUGGGCGGUCUGUCAGCGCCUGACCGGCCGAACAGAUGCUAGUGAAGAGGUGUACCGUGGCUUCAGUAUUUUGGCAGCGCGUCAAAGUGCCUGUUAAUAUCCGGUUGAUUGCCCAGUGUUUGGUCUGGAUGUCUGAUGAGGAGAAUGAAAAUGUGCGGUUUGCUUUGAACUACCUUGAUAGGACUGUAUGAAGCACUGGUCUCAUUCAUCAGUGUGUCCUGUGCAGCUGCAACCCUUCCCAUGCUCUACCCGCUCUCUUCAUCAAACAUGAUGGUGAUUGGAGGUUGUGACAAAGAUACUCAACUACAGUGAGCCUUAAGACUGAGUGGCCAGUGUGUGUGUGUGUGCCAGCCAGCCAGCACCAGCUUGAUCUCAGUAGCCCUCAGUGAGUCUGUCUAUGGGUGAAGCACUUCCUUCAACGUUGUGAUCAGCCCCAGAGGCCGUGCUUCCAACAGCCUUUACCCCUCCCUACAUCCCGCGCCAUCAUGGGGGAGGUAGUCCAAAUGCACUUCACCACGGUGGACUAUGUCAUCUUUGCCUUGCUGUUGGUAGCCUCAGCUGGCAUCGGCCUCUUCUACGCCUUCUCCGGUGGGCGCCAGCGCACAACGCAGGAGUUCCUGAUGGCUGACCGCUCCAUGAGCUGCCUGCCAGUGUCUCUGUCCCUGCUGGCUACUUUCCAGUCGGCGGUGGCCAUCCUGGGAGCUCCAUCUGAGGUGUACACCUUUGGGACUCAGUACUGGUUCUUGGGCUGCUCCUACUUUUUGGGCCUGCUCAUCCCAGCUCACAUUUUCAUACCAGUCUUCUACAGAUUGAGGUUGUCAAGCGCCUAUGAGUAUCUGGAGCUACGCUUUAACAAGACGGUUCGCAUAUGUGGGACUGUGACCUUCAUCUUUCAGAUGGUAAUUUAUAUGGGGGUGGUCCUGUAUGCUCCUGCCUUGGCACUCAAUGCAGUGACAGGUUUUGACCUAUGGGGGGCAGUGCUGGCCAUGGGAUUGGUGUGCACUUUAUAUACUGCUCUGGGGGGUCUGAAGGCAGUGAUCUGGACCGACGUGUUCCAGACAGUGGUUAUGUUUGCGGGACAGCUAGCGGUCAUCGUGGUGGGGGCCAGUCAGGCAGGGGGCAUGGCAGAGGUGUGGAGGAAAGCAGUCAAUGGCAGCCGCAUAUCUGGACUAGACCUGAACCCCGACCCUCUGGAGCGUCAUACUUUCUGGACGCUGGGUGUGGGAGGAGUCUUCCUGAUGUUGGCUCUGUACGGGGUCAACCAGGCCCAGGUCCAGAGAUACCUCAGUUCUCGCACGGAGAAAGAGGCCAUCAUGUCCUGCUACGUAGUUUUCCCGUGCCAGCAGAUUGUCUUGAGUUUAGGCUGUCUGAUGGGUUUGGUCAUGUUUGCUCGCUAUGGAGAGAACAGCCCUCUGGACAAGGGCUAUGUCAAAACUAAUGACCAGAUGGUGCUGUACUUUGUGAUGGAUGUGUUCAAAGAUUUGCCCGGGCUCGCAGGACUGUUUGUGGCCUGUCUCUUCAGUGGAGCUCUCAGCACCAUCUCCUCAGCCUUCAACUCCCUAGCAACAGUUACCAUGGAGGACCUGAUUAAACCACACUUUCCAAACAUGACAGAAGCUAAAGCCACGCUGCUGUCCAAGGGACUUGCUUUGGUGUACGGCCUGGUGUGUCUGGCUAUGGCCUAUCUCGCCUCUCUAAUGGGAUCUGUGCUGCAGGCAGCCUUCAGCAUCUUUGGGAUGGUGGGUGGUCCUCUGCUGGGUGUCUUCUGUCUGGGAAUGUUCUUUCCCUGGGCAAACCCUACAGGUGCAUUGGUUGGGUUAGCAGCAGGUCUCGCAAUGGCCUUCUGGAUCGGCAUCGGCAGCUUUGUGAUGCGUCUGCCCGGCCCCACCCCAUUGCCACCACUCAACACCACCGCUCUGCCCCUGUUCGACAACAUGACCACCACUGUCAUGACUACACUGGUCAGCGCAGCUAAGCCAAGGCCGACAGGUGUGGAGGCACUCUACUCAUUGUCCUACAUGUGGUACAGUGCUCACAACUCAACCACCGUGGUGGUGGUGGGCCUGCUAGUCAGCCUGCUAACAGGACCUAUGAAGGAGAAGGAGCUGACCCCCGGCACAGUGUUUCCGGUCCUGGGCACACUGCUCUUCUUUCUGCCUGAGCGUUACAGAGAGAAGCUCUGCUGCAUCACUCCUCUGGCUCAGAAGCCCAAAGAAAUCAACACACAGCCUUAUCAGAUGGCCAAGAGAGACCGCAACGGAGCAGCUUACUGCAAAGAGGACACGGUCACAGAGGACAAAGAGACAGAAAGCGACAGAGCACAAACAGAGGACGAAGACUUGGAGACAAGGAGCGUUCUGCCCUCAUGCAAACUAACAGCUCACACGGUUCAAGAGACAGCCUUGUGAUCCUUCCUGUCUUCUACUUAUAACACGCACAAGAUACACACAUACACACUUUGACCCCCAGCUACUGUACUGUCAGCUCCUUGAGGGGCAGGGGGUGCGUCAAAAGACAGAUCAUAGAUGUGAAGUCCAUCACUAAGUACAAUCUCCUGAAAGUCUACGGCACCAGGGUUGGAACAGGUAUUUUAUAGGUACCUGCUCAUACUUUUUUCUCAAAAAAACAACAACUGGAAUUCAACUUUUGCCAGGCUGGAACUGUGCAUUGAAAGCCCAAAUGGCAACAGUCAAAGAAGAGAUAAGUCUAGUGUUCUCCAUUAGGAACACUGACGACGCCAUGCACCCACAGGUUUUGGGUCUGUCCAGAUGUGUGCAGAUGUAUGUGCUCAAUUUGAAGAUAAUAGAGUGGGUAGCACUCAUGCACAAUGCUGUGACUGGAUCCAGUCGUUCGGUUUGACAAAAGAAUCAGGUAGUUAUUAGAUCCAAGAUGUAAAAUGUGUUAUUUUUGUAGAGAAAAAAUCAGUAAAUGUAAGAGAAUAUAAUAUAAAAAGAAAAGAGAGACUGAACUUAAGUGGAAGGCAUGGCAAUGUGUGCUACUGUGAUAGUGUAGUGUCGUUAUAUUGCCUUGGUUUAAUGCUAAUAGUCGCCUUCUAGCUGCUACUACAGAGUCUCCUGGUGGCAGUUAAAUUAGUCGGAGCACAGUAAAUCCUUAACUGCCACCACCAUGUUCCUACCAACAGUGCAUGAGGAGGAUUCCAGUCAGUGUGCAGAGCCCCUGUCUACCCAUGCAUGUUCUAGUUGUUUCCACAAACAGGUUAAUAUUAUUCACUGGUUCCUGUCAUUGAUGGACUUGUCUACAUGCGAUGUGCAACAAAUCCCUCAAUCACUACUCCCUAUAAAAUACACACUCAUUAGUUUACAUUAUAGUGAGCAGUAAAUCUGAUUUUGGACACUUGGUCACUAGAGGUGUUGUGUCAGUCAACUUCUCAUUUUUGCGUCUAUAAAAUGCCAGGUAUUGCAUUGUGGGAUUAUUUAUAUGAAGUACCAUUUCGUUCCAUUGUUGGGAGUUGACACUGAAAUAAAAUGGCUGACAGUAAAUCUAAUAUAGCAACAUAAAGUAAAUGGGGUGUGAUUUUAGACUGUGUUGUGUUCAAUUGAAAACACACAAUCGUAAAAAGAGACCAAACUUCCUCUUAGAGCUCCUGGGGCAUAAUUUUAGGUUACUUGCUUAAAGAACGUUUUUCUGGAUUAAUCUUACGGUGAAGCCAUAUUCAGACCAAAUCAGGCGUUCCGGCAAAAACAACAUUCAUUUGAGUGGGUGCCGCAGAGCAUGCCAAAAGAAAAACGCAGUGGCUUUGCAGCAAAAAGUUAAAUCUGAAUCGAAUUUUGAGAAACACAUCCCAAGUAGGGAUAUCACAAAAACCGAUACUGGUACCAAGUCAAUGCCCAAAUUCUAAAAAAACUUGA